AUGAGCCUUAAAAAUUAUAAAAAGGUUCAUAAAAACUGUUAUCGAAUUGAAGAUAAAAGUAACAAUAGCACAGAUACUUAUAAUUCUGAAGAAAUAAAUACUUAUGAUUCUGAUGAAUUUGAUAUUAUAAACAGGCAAAGUAGUCAUUAUAUUGAAAGUGAAACUGAUAAUAAUACGAGUACUUUUAAUUUUGACAAAUUAGAUGUUAUAAGUAGACAAAAUAAUAACAUAAUGAUUGAUGAUCAAGAAAGUAUUAAUAAAUCUAACCUAAUAUUUGAGGCACAAAGUAUUGCUGGUGAUCUAAUAUCUGAUAAUCAAGAGAUUUCUAAUAUUUAUAAGUUUGGUAAAAUUUUUGGAAAGGAUAUAUUAGAAAAUAAUAUGGUUAUUGAUGAAGCUAAUGAAUUUCAGAGUGAUGAUAAUGAAUAUAGCAAUGAUAGUAAAAUAGAUAAUACAGAUUUUCAAGGACAUCAAGAAAGAUUAUUUUCUGAAUUUUAUAAUUUCAAAUGGUGGGGUUAUGCACAACAACAUAUCCUAUCCAAAAUAAGCUUGGAUAAUAUUCUAACAAAUCUUCGAAAUAAGGCUGAGACUAAGGCACUUGUUGGUAUUAUACUAACAUUACAAGGAACAAAAAAGAAACAGAAACCACCAGAGUUUAGACAAUUAAUUUGA